AUGGCGACUAGUUUAGUGUUGUUGGCGCUUCAUCUAGCUGUAGCGGCUGCUGGGAAGUGUACUACAGGCUUUUCGGUGGUGGCACCUGAAGUUGCAGUGCCGGGUAAAACGACAGCCGUACUCGUGACUCUACACGGUAGAGCGGGAGAUGAAACACUGGACCCUCUCAACGUGACUGUUAGACUCGAGACUCAAGAUGCUGAUAACGACGUCAAGCUGUUGACCACUGCAAGUCAAAUGAUUACAGGUUACGGUAUUAUUCCCUUGAAAAUACCAUCGUCGCCUGCUUCCCACUGCACUCUUCAUACUACUGUGGGCUGUGUAGGCAACGACGAGUGCACCGCUAAAAGUCACAGUGUCAUCAGACUCUUGGGACCCGUACGAGACGUUAUCGUCCGACCAGCAAGACACCACUACCGUCCGGGAGAAACAAUUACAUUUUGGAUUCUGGCAUUGGACCACGAUCUCCGACUAGUUAGGAACGAGAUAGCAUACGUAGCUUUGAGCGACCCCGCGGGAACCAAAGUUGCUAUAUGGGAUCAAUUGUCUAUGGACGAAGGUGUAAAAAAGCUAAGCGCGAUCGUUGCAUCUGGUGCCAGGUCUGGUACUUGGAGGAUAGAGGCACAGUGUGGAGGAGGAUCAGCACGUGUUGACCUAACUAUUGGAUCUAGCUUAGGAAGUACUACGCCUGCGACUCCGGCUGCUGAACAACAUUACGUCGAACUGAAGUUUGCUGAUAGCAUGCGACGGAGAUACAAGCCUGGAUUACCUUUUGUUGGCAGAGUUGAAGCGAUGAGCACGGAGAAGCGGGUUCGAGUCCGAGUGAAGCUUUACGAUGACAAAACAGAUAUAUACAGUCAAGAUAUCGACAUGUCUACUGGAGAAGGAGGUUUUAUAGUGCCGACUGUCAUGGCUGACGCACCUUAUGUUAAUUUGCAAGCGGAGUUAGUAGCUGUGGAGGGGAAAGAAAUAGAAACACAUUACGUGCUAGCUCGUGAACGAAUACGUCGAUGGAACUCAACGUCUAAAUGCUACCUACUAGUUGAAAACUUGCCAACACCUCUUCAGGCUGGUGGUAUAGCGAGUGCAAGUGUCUGGUCAUCAUGUGGAUGCCGACAAAGACUGCUGACAGCAGUCACAAGUGGAGGACGCGCCGUCCACUGGGCGGCGGUACCAGCGAUACCAGGCGAUAACACGGAUUUGUGCCGAUUUAAUUAUACAUUUCCAGUGACAGCUGACAUGGCGCCGGUCAGUUCACUACUCGUUUACUACGUCACGGAGGCGGGCGAGCCUGUGAGUGACGUCGCCAGCUUUCAUGUCCGAUUGCUACAUAAAGAGGUGGCGGUGGCGAUAGAAGAAAGACGCUGGUGGUAUCCACGUGCAACGCUACAAUUAAGAGUUUUGGCACCACCUGACUCGCUAAUGUGUUUGAUCGGCGCCAGAUCUCCGCCGGAUACUCGGUUCGAUGCUCAUCAAAGCGCUGAUCAUGAAGACCAGCCAGGACCAGAGUUCGUAUCAGCAGGUGUUUCUCUAUUCGUGGGGGGUGGAGCUUGCGGUGGUGGCGUUUUAUACAGACAGAGAACAGCGUCCGUACCACGAGCCCCAGCACAUCUCGUACCGCCUGCGACCCAUGACAGAUUGUGGAUGUGGAAAUGUUUUAAUUAUACAACUCAGCUAUCAACAGACGGAGUAACAAUCGCGGCUCCAUCAGAGGCUGGUCGCUGGUCUCUAUGGGCGUUAUCACUAUCGAAUCGUGGACUUAGAUUCUCUGCACCUCGAACGAUUAAUGUCUUCCGACCAAUUCAAUUAGACUUCGCUCUCCCUCCAGCCUUGAAAGUUGGCGAAACUGUUGAACUGGACGUAAAAAUCACUAAUAACAUCAAUAAUUGUAUGGAUGUAACAGCUCUACUAGCUCUCAGCGCGGGAGCGGCGUUCGCUAGUACAGGAGCACUUUACGUAACCGAACGCUUGAGGCUUGGCCCUCGAGGCGGUACACAGUUGGUUGUUCGAGUUGCUGUUAAUACUCCCGGAAGAAAAAAUAUUACCGUUGAAGUGACCGGCUAUAGCGCGGAUAACUGCUCAGUAUCUUACACCUCAUUUAACAAUGAGACGUUAGUUGGCUCAGUGAUUCGCUCCGCAAGUGUGUUGGUUCUUCCUGAAGGUCUUCACAGAAGCGAUACGCAAAGUGCUUACUUUUGUGCGAACGAACAUCUAGCAGUAUCCUCUCGUGGUUCAUGGGAAUGGCAAUGGGUCGCCGCGCCAAGAAACAGGGCCGGUCUAGUACUAGAAUUGAAAGCUCAAGGCGCUGCUCACGUCGCUUUAUCAACGAUACGAGAACCCUCAGAUGAUAUGUAUCGAGUUGUUUUUGAGAAGAGUCGAGUUUGGAUUGCUAAAGGAAAACAUGGUUACGACGUGCACCUAGCAAGUGCAGAGCAAACCGAACCAACAACGGAAUGCCUAGAGUGGUGCGCGUGGUGGGUGUGGUGGGAGGGCGGGCGGCUGUCGGUGGGGCGCGGCGCGGCGCCGGCCGAGCGCCGCCUGCUCGUGUGGCCGCUGGCUGGCGAUAUGCGGAUAAAGUACGUCGGGUUUAGCGCUUUAUGGGGAGAUGAAGCUGAUUUUAGGAUAUGGAACUUCAACGAAGAAGCUGGAUUCUCUCAAGUUUUGGAACUCGGUCUCCCACAUGGCGUAGUUCCAGGAUCUGCAUCAGGGAACCUCCUCAUAUCUGGUGGUCUACAUCUGCCACUAUACAACUUCCAAAAUGAGGACCAAAUGUCUGAUGUGUGGAGAGACUCGCAGAUAGCAGCCGCGACUGCCGAUUUAGCGCCUUUGUUGGCGUUAGAACACAUCCCUCAUUUAGUUGAUGUUAAUGAAAGAGAGAGGAUUUUAAAGAAGCUACCGGAACAGGUCCAAAUACUUCUCUCGUUUCGCAAAAGCGAUAACUCGUUCAGUGACCAUCCCUCAGUAAGCAGCCAUUUGUCCACCAUCAAAAUAUUAGAGAUCCUCAACAAAAUACAAUCCUAUUAUCCAAUUGAUCCUAACUUACUACAAUCUAUCAAAACUUGGAUACAAAAACGGCAGAACUCAGAUGGUUCAUUCACACCUUUAUCAGCAGAUAAGGAGGUUGAUUAUUUCCCGGUAGAAAUCAAAACUAAUAGUACUGAAAAAGAAAUUGAUGUAAAUGAAUAUUAUUAUUAUGAAAGAGAUGGCAAUAUGACGAAAGACGAAGUGGAAUGGGAGAGAACUGUAGAAGUAACCGCAGAAACGUUGACCACUUUGUUGGAAGUUGGUGUUGAAAAUGAGAUGGAUGCAGAUAUCGCGAAGCGUGCCCAAAAGUAUUUGGAGAAGAACUUAUAUAAUUUGACUUCACCCGCGGCUUUAGCUGCCUCUGUGUUGGCUUUAGUAAUGGCUAGGAGUCCUCUAGUUCCAGAAGCGUUAGCGAUAUUAAAAAACGCGUCCACCACCGAAGAGGGCGAGUUCGGGUGGCCGGCGCCGCGCAGAGACGCUGCCGAUUGGCUUUUGGAAGAAAAUUCGAGAAACAUUAAGACUACUUCAUAUGAAGCGGUGACGAUGGAGCAGUACGUGGCGGGCGUGCGCGUGCUGCUGGCGGCGUGCGCGCGCGGCGCGCUGGCGGCGGGCGAGGACGCGGCGCGCUUCCUGUACUACCGCGCCGCCACGCUGCGCCGCCACCCCGCGCUCGCCUUCCGCGCCACGCUCGCCGCCGCCAGGUACGCCAGCCUGGCGUACGACCGCCACCGCGCACUGACGGUGUCGCUGGCGACGGCGGGCAUGGAGCUGACGGACACGCUGGAGCUGCGCGCGCGCUCGCCGCCGCGCGCGCUCGCGCUGCCCGGACUGCCCACCAAGGUGUUCGUGUACGCGACCGGCGCCGGCUGCGCCACUGUGCAGGGAACGAUAUCCUAUUCAACUUAUAUACCAAAGCCAGAGAACUCUCUACUCAACGUGCAAGCCGCCAUCAUAGAAGAGAUCCGACCUGAAAGGAGCAGUAUUGAAGACUUACAAGGAAACUUGCCAACAUUGAUCAUCAAAACUUGCUUCAAAUGGAAAGGCAAGAAUCGUUCCGGUAUACUACGUUUAGAAGCUUCUCUUUUCUCCGGCUACGAGUUGCGCUCCGUCAAUCCGGUAGUACUCGACGGUGCCACCUUCGCGGACCUGCACUACGGCUCGCGAGGGGAGUCUGUGUGGUUUGUGUUCACUAAUAUCAGCUCAACUUGUCCAGUCUGUGUUACCUAUGAGGCACGAUCUAAAUUCGUUAUAACAAGCCUCCGUCCGGCAUUCGCUAAAAUAUAUCCUUCUAGUCGACCAGACCUUGCUGUGGAAACAUUCUUCCACGCACGACCUGGCAGCCCCUUACUAAAAGGUAUUACCGAUGACGAUUUUAUCACCUGGUUCGAUAAAACACAAUUAGCCAGCCUCAAAACUAGCACGAAUAUAGAUAAUAUAUGUGAAUGUGGACGGAUUUGUAGCCGAGAUUAUGAAUUCAGGAAGGACUAUGAGAAAAUGCAUUCUAAAACUACUGAUAUUAACGUUAGUACGGUAUCGAGUGUUGAUGUAACAAAUUUGACAGAGAGUGAAGAAGUGGCUUCUGCAGAGACUACUAAUAAUGACGUCACAGCAACUACAUUACUCGAUAUUUCCACUACAACAUCUAGCAAUUUAAAUACUAAUGCUACAAAUCCAACUACAGAUGUAGUUAUAGAAGUAACAACAAAAGAAGUGAAUUCAAUAAUAAUACCCACUGUAACAUACUCUAAUAACACCGAUAAUCAGAAAAUUGAUAACACCAUUCAACCUUUACCUAAAGUUAAUGGAGAACUCAUCAUACAAAAAGUACCAGUAAAUAAAAGUAAUUUGAAAAAAUCUGAUGUAUAUAAAAAACCUUUGCCUAGACGUAAAGGCACACUGAAAGCCACUUACGGAGACAAACACGAAAAGUUCUUUAUUAAAUCUAAGCCUAUUAACAUUGUUAAAAAAGCAAACAAUACUGAGAGUAACAUCAGUACUAUUUACUUAAAACCAAAAGUGCAUAAUGAACCUAUAACAAAUAAAGAAACAGCAAUAAUCAAAGAAUCUCUAAUUGAUAAAGAAUCUUCAAAUAAAAAAGAACCUAUAAUAAAUAAAAAGUCUAUCAUAAAUAAAGAAGCUAUGGUAAUUACGGAAACGACAAGUAUGAAAUCUAAUGCUAUAACAACAACAACAGAGGCAACAAAAUCAACUGCAUUCGAUACAAGCACGGCUACUACUGAGAAUAAUGCCGUUCACACAACAAAAUCAUCAAUGACUGAAACAACAACAAUACCUCACACAAUAACAACAAUUACAAAGAGCAACAUAAAAACAAUGCACUACAGAACCAAAAAACCGAAACCGAAACCGAAAACGCAAAUAAAAAAACCAAUCAUAAAUGUCAAUGAAACCAACGAACAGUCUAACAACACAAUAUCGGAUACAAUGAACAAAUCGAAUAAAGUGAUCGAGAAAUAUGUAUCAAAAUCGUUAAAAUCUAUUAACAAAGAAAUCCAUAAAAUGCCUCCAAGCCCAAUAUCUGAAACUGAUUUACACAAAUCCUUAAACAGUCCCAUCAAAAUUGAUAUAGCUCCUGAAAAUAAAGGCGGUUUCGAAAUAUUAGACAAAAACAACAUAUGGGAACUACUAAAAGACCCGAAUAAUUCUAAAAUCGAUAUUCAAAACGACAAAUCGAUGUCACAGAAUAAUCGUUCUUUA